AUGCCGCACCCUGCAAGUAUAUUGAUUACCGGAGCGAGUAGAGGUAUCGGCCUCGGACUCGUCAAAGAAUACCUCAAAAUGCAGCCCGUGAAGCAUGUUUUUGCUACAGUAAGAUGCCCGACAACAGCCGAGGGUCUAACGGAAAUUGACGAUGAACGGCUGCACAUCAUCAAGAUGGACGUGCAAUUCGAUGACUCGAUAUUGGAGGCGUUUGAAAAGGUCCAACAAAUUGUGGGAGAUGAUGGAUUGAACGUCUUAAUCAAUAAUGCCGGGAUUUGGGCUGACUAUGAGAUUUCUGAUUGGCCAAAACGGGAUGUGUUGCGGAAAAUUUUGGAUACAAACGCAGCCUCGCCUUUGAUAGUUUCUCAGGUAUUCCUUCCGCUUCUCAAACACGCCGCAUCCAAGAAAAAUGACCAUGAAUGGGGAGUGACAAGAGCAGCAAUCGUGAAUAUCAGCUCCGGAAUGGGUUCAAUCGGGGAGAAUGCAACGGGUAGUGGAUGUAGCAAGUCGAUAGCAUACCGUAUGAGUAAGGCAGCGGUAAAUCAACUAACCAAGACCCUUGCCCUCGACCUGGAGCCGUUCGGCAUCAUUGUCGUCGCCUUCUGCCCGGGUUGGGUGAAAACGGAUAUGGGUGGAAUGGAGGCACAGACUACGACCCACGAAGCCGCUGAAGGACCUACAAAUCACCCGCAAUGUCCUGAACCCCAGACCGGAACCAAAAUGUCAUCGUGGUUCUCGUAUUAUUUUGGCGGUGGGGCGAUCGAGGAAAAGCCGGAAGACGAGGAGAAGGCAGAGCAGGAAGCGCCCGAUCCCGAUGCCCCAAGCACAAGCCGUCAACAACAACAACAACAGCAACAGCCCCAACAGCCCAUGCCAUGGAUAUCACCGUCGGAAGCUUUGGGCAUGAUCCGUCGAAAAACGACUCGGCAAGACACGGCCGGACUGGAUGAGACCGGAACCGCCGCCACCUCACCGACCAGCUCUUUGAGACACGCAUUGGAUGAACUCCCCGAAGAACAGCAGCAGCGAAUCCAAAAAGUGCUAAAACGCGCGGAGGCAUCGCGUCGGGAAGCCCGGAUUGCCGUGGAUACGCGGCGAUUGGCCCGCCAGGGGAUUCUCCAAAAAUCACUCGACCGAAGUCCCGAGCGCUCCCCUCUAACAGACGAGGAUUCGUUCGAAUCUGCCGAUUUCCCGUUGGUUCAGAUGGACUCGUUGCCGGAAACCAUGGAAAUCUCGAUCAGCGAGUCGUGCUCACCGGUGCCAAGAGCCUCUCCAAGACGGAGCGACAGCAGAAAAACCGAGAGAACCGAUUCCGUGUCUUCGAUUAGCGAAUCGAUUGGAGCUGAAGCCUCAACAGCAGCCACAAAAAUCGCCACCAAAGUCCGCGUCCUGACCUCGCAGAUCUCGCACUGGUUCUCGCAGAUCGAUGAGGAGGGCGACCUGCUGUCGUACAUCACCAAAUCGGGCCAGGAAGCUUAUUACUCGCUCACCCGCAAACCUGAACAACUCGAACCCCACGUCGAAUCCUGGGCCGAUGAUAUGGCCUGUGCGAUCGUGACUUCGGCGUUGUCGAAAUAUUAUCAGCACUUGAUGUCGCCGCCCAGCUUCGAAGAGUUUUGCCGCGAGGUCACCGAGCAAAUCUUCGAUCUUGUCUACAGCCAGCUUUCGAUCAUCACCAUGCAUACUUCGGAAUUGAUUCGCAUCGACAAUCUCUGCGAGCAAAUGGCCACUGAAGUCCUCGACGCUGCGAUUGCGAGUUCGAUUCUACAUCGUGCAGAGUCAUUCGAGGAGUACGCUCUUUACUACAAGCUACGCAAGGUCCACGCGUCGCGCUCCUUCGAGUGUGCCGCAGAGCUGGAGCAGAUGCUCGAGAUGUGCGAGCGCAUCGAGCCCGAGAAGGAGAACGGGCACCAUGUGUGGGAAGGGCUGGACGUUCCGGAAUAUGAUGAAGCCGGCUCCUCCACGUCUUCCAUCGUUCCUUUCGCCUACUCGAUCAUGGAAGAAGAGCCGGACGACAUUCCGGCCGGAUACUCCCUACAGUCCUCCCCAACUGACAGUUCUCUCUCCAGCGGCUCUCGACCAUUAUCUGUCCUCAACCGCUAUGAAUACCUGGAAUGGAUGGCACGAAAAGAAGCUGAAGCUCAAGCAGCCCAGGAACUCGAACCAAGCCCGACCUCACCCGCCAAGUGCCGCUUUGAAGCCAUGGCUUCGACCUCGAGCUACGCCAACCAACUCAUGCUGGAGGAACGCGAGCUCUGGGACGAGUACACGGCUCACGAAGCUGUCAGCUGCAGCCCAAAGCAAGCUGAGCGCUGCCGAACGUUUGAGGAAAUCUGGGACCACGAGAUGGAGAAGGAGCUGGAGUACGGGGAGUACGAGCUGGUCUCGUACGAGGCUACGGACUACAUUGUUCCCACCGUAGUGAAAUCGAAGCGCUUUGAUGAAAUUGCCGAAAAGGCGCAGCCUCUCAUAUUGCCAGGCCAUAAACCAGCGCCUCCACCUCGACCGAAGCCCCCGAAGCCACAAUGGGUGUCGGGGAGACGUCCGGUGGAACGGUGGGAGGAUGACGCGAGGGAAGAGAUGAUAACAGAUCGUCUGGUCCUGGACCUGGCUUGGACCGAUCCACCCCGCGGAAAGCGGCAGCCUAUAACCCUAAUCUCCCCGGAAGAAGCGGGUGCGGACAAGUAUCUCUGGCGAAUUGUUACCCUCACCUGCUCGAGUGAAGAGGUUCCAGGAAAUCGUGAGGAUUCGAUCGAAAUUGCUGUUGAAGUGCAGGAAGAGGAAGACGAGGGAACUUAUCUGGAUGAUUUCCCAAUACCACGCCGACUGGAGCCAGUGCAAGAAGAGCACGAAGGUUCGGAUGCGUCUUCUUCAACCUCCGGCGCUGACGAGAAGCGAUCGUUUGACCAGAGCUCAUUUGAUGCUGAAGAUGUGGCGCAUCCAGUACGCCAACCUAUGCUGCGGAGCCUCAGAGAAGAUUCUCGAGCAUCGACUGCCACUUCUGGAGCAGAUGAGAGCACCUCGUUUGAUCGCGAGUCGUUUGAAGCUGAUGAGCCAGUUCAGAACUUGCAGCAGACGCUGGAACCAAUCCGUGAGGGAUCACCAGCCUCAUCCGCUACAUCAGGUGCUGACGAGAAGGCGUCAUUCGAUCAGGGUUCCUUCGAAGUAGAAGAAUACACACAAAGCCCAGCUCUUCGACAGGGCUUGGAGCCUGUGCGUGAGGCGUCCCCAGCCUCUUCCGCAACAUCAGGUGCUGACGAAAAAGUCUCCUUUGAUCAAGGAUCGUUUGAAUUAGAGGAACACGUGCCAAGUGCAGCCUUGCCCCAAACCUUGGAAAUUGUGCGUGAAGGAGCACCAGCUUCUUCAGUCACAUCUGGUGCUGAUCAGAAACUGUCCUUCGAUCAAGAGUCGCUUGAAGUAGACGAACACGUACAAAUCCCAGCCGUACCACAAACCUUCGAACCUGUCCGUGAAGGAUCGCCAGCAUCUUCAGCCACUUCCGGUGCUGACGAAAAAGCGUCAUUCGAUCAAGGAUCCUUUGAAGCGGAAGAGCACGCUCCAAGGGCAGCCCUUGCUCAUGCGAUGCAAAUGGUACGUGAAGGCUCCCCAGCUUCUUCAGCCACAUCCGGAGCGGAUGAACGGAGCUCAUUUGACCAAGGAUCAUUCGAAGCGGAAGAAUUCUUGGCAACCAGAUCCAGAUCCCUAGCCUUAGAGCAAAUCCGCGAGGCUUCUCCCACUUCCUCUACCACAUCUAGUGCGGAUGAAGCGGCUUCAUUCGAAUACAGUGCUUCAUUCGAUGUCGCUGGCCCGCCACAAAUUUCUGCAGAGGACUUGGAACUAGAACGACUGCUGAGUGAGCACAUAGCUGACGAAGCUAGAAAACUGGCUGAUAAAGCGCUUCGAGACGCUAGGCAAAACCUACUUGAAGAAGAAGCCCGAGCUUCACCUGCCAGAGCGGACGAACAAGCAUCAUCUAAUCAAUUGUCUUUCCAAGCCUAUGAACUUGCCACACAAGCCAUCCGACAAGCCAGUCUCGAUCUGAUGCUAGAAGAAGCAAGUGGAUUUUCUGACGCGGAUGAGCCAUCGCCAGAAGAUCGUGCGUUCUCAAUUCUCGACUACGAAGAGCGUGACAAGUACAAGCUGCAGCUGGUCAGCUCAGCAUCUGUUUGGAUUGCUGCCGCACGUUCGAUUCCCAUUCCACCAAAAUUGAUAAAGGAGAAAAUCACAUUCGAACGCCAGAACAGCCAACGAGCACUGUCGUGCGUCAUCAUGGUUCCAAAAGCAAGAUCGGAACCGAUCGAACUGAUCGAGUCGGAUGCUUCAUCAGCGACGUCAAGCGCAGAUUCCGUUUCCUCCUCUAUCCAAAGUCCAGUUGAAGAAAGCCAUGACUUGGAAGGUUUCGAUUAUUAUCCACAAGAACCUGCGAGGGUCGAAUCCGAAGUAGAAGAACAAAUUGUGGAGGUAGCUGAUCCGAUGUCCUUAACCUUCUGGGGAGUCAAUGUGGACCAAGAGCCUCAAGCAGUUCAAAAAAUACCACCACUUUCGGAUGCAUCGUCCUCGAUCUCUGGCGCAGACGCCCGUGACUCCUUUGAACAAGACUUUAUCGAGGAGGAAGUUGUUACUGAACCUGAUCGUAUGCUGCCUAUGAUGACCAGCGGUGUACAUUUGGAACCCGCCGUCUCCGAAAAAUCGGAGACCAUUCCGCCAGAAGAACUACUAGAAGAAGAAUUAUCUUUAUCGGCAAUUCAUACAGCUACAUUUGCUUCCACAGACUUGCCGUUACUUGAAGGUGCAACCUUCCUCAGGCAGCAACAAUCUGUAGCAUCCAGCAAGACAUCCGGUGCUGACAGUGAACGGGCCAGUUCUGUGGAGAAAUACUCGAGCGCUGCAUCGGAACACAGCAGCGCUACUUCCGGAGCGGAUGCAGAGUGCUCGUUCGAGCAGUCGAGCUUUGAAGAGGCUCCUGCUUACCAGAAAAGCGAACCUCUUCUGGAGCCAACCAUUCAAGAAGAACCACGAGAUCAGCUGACACAAGAAGAACUCGACCACAUUGCAUGGAUUCAGAAGAUGGCUGAGGAAUCCGCUGUGGAGUUCGAAAUGCAACGGAAAUCUGUGGCUGAUACAACUGUCGUCGACGCCUUCGAUGCACAGAUGAACCGAUCAGAAUCUCUAGCUCAGGCCCGACUCGAAAUCGCUGAAGAAUUGCCGCCCCAACAAGCUGCUUCAGAGGAUGAUGAUUCUGAUGCUACUUCGGGUGCUGACGCAGAGGGAUCUUUCCAGCAAUCCUCGUUUGAAGACCAUAGAGAUCCUGCUCCGGCGGUAGCCGCACAACCACAACACGAACUAACCCAAGAAGAACUCGACCAUAUUGCCUGGAUCCAACGGAUAGCCGAAGAAUCGGCAGCCGAGUUCGAACGCCAAAGGGCUGCCGUGCCUGAUGAGAGCAUAACGGAAAGCUUGGAGGUUUGGCAAAGCCAGGGAUACGAGGUCCGACGGACUAGCCAUGCCCUUGCGGAACGGUUCUCGCUAGAAGAAAAGGAACCUCCAGAAGAAGCACGCUCCAGCGCUACUUCCAGCGCAGAUUCGGAGCGGUCAUUUGAAGCCGAUCAGCCUGACAUCGUUGAACACCAGGAGUCCGAGGAAGUGCUUCACUCGAGCACCACGUCAAGCGCAGACUCGGAGCGCUCGUCCUCUCCCAAAGAACUGGAGACGAUCGUUUCUGUCGAGCCAGAGCAACCGAGUUUGAUAGCCACGACCUCUGCACUCGUCGAAGCUUCCCGUCAAACAUCCAGUAGAAUUCCGCCAAAAUCGGUUCGUUCUGAAGAACUGACGUCGGCAAGCGUCGCGACUGCCCUAUACUCGAGUGAAAAUGUAAUGCGAUGGCCCGAAACGACACAGAAAAUUACCCUACCAAAGUCUGACGCCUCGUCGUCAACUUCUGGAGCUGACAAAGAGGAACUCAUUCACCAACUGCCGAUCGAAGAACUGAUCGUCCAAGAAAGAUAUGAAAUGCUACCCUUGCUGAGCAACAGCUCCCAAGUUGAACUGGUCGAUACCGAAGUCGCUGUCCCAGUUGAACCCGAGCUGCCGACUCAAGUAGAAUUUACUAGCGUGGUUCGCAGGCAGCUCUCGAGUGCCUCAAGUGCAACAUCCAGUGCGGAUUCAGAACGUUCUGAUGUCCGGGAGCCUGUCGAUGACUUGCUCUACCAAGCGACCGACGAAGUUCUGACCCUGACCACAACUUCGGAACCGGUCCAUGGAACCCAGCAAGCAGCUAAUUGGAUCCCUCCCAAACAGUUCUACGAAUCAGAAUCUGUCUACAAGGUGCAACAAACUCAAGCUGAGGCCAGUAAAGUCUCAGCCGUAAAGGAAACAGCGCAAGCUAUGCGCGCUCGAGUUUCGAUGAGCUCGACUUCUACCGCCGGUGCCGACGUGAUGACAUCAUUUGACCGGGAGGCUUUUGACGAAGAGGUCCUCUCCCGAGAGGACCACGAUCAGUUCUCCUUCAUUCAGCAGCUGGCUGAAGAGACUGCCCGCGAAUUCGCCGAGAGACAGCCCGUCGAGCCGUCAUUCCGCGCAGCAUUCGAGGCGAUUCGGGCGAGUUUUGAUCAGAGAUCGGAUGAUGAGGAAGAGGAAGAGCUGCAGGAAGUGCCAGCUAUUUCCUCCCCGUCCACAUCUGAAGCAGAUUCUAGUCGCUCAGCUGUCUUGACACCUGUUGAAGGUGAGGAACCUUUGGAUCACUUGGUCGCGGAGUCACAAGAGGAGCAGGAAGAAGACCUAGACACCUUCCCAGGCCCCUCCAGGUCUCUCCCAUCAGAUGAAGUCCGUGAAUUCAAUAUCCUCGACACCAUCAAGGCGUUCAUGACCACCUCGGAAAUGGUGACAAAGACUCCGACAUCCAGUGCGGAACCGAUCCAUCUAGAGGAGUCGUCAGCUACCUCAGUCGCCUCCAGCGACAAUGAGAAAGCCUCAUUUGACCGCGAAAGCUUCGAUGAAGAGGUAUUGUCCAACAGAUACUUUGAAGAGGAGGCCGCGCCGUCAUCACCUGUCGAGCGACCCGGAUCCUCACCCCUGGGCUCGUCGGUCGUGGUAUUGUCCUCGGCUACCUCGGGUGCUGAUGGGGACACCCCGGAACUCAGCUCGUUUGAGAUCGUAGAAGCCGAAGAGCCGGAACUACCGCCGGUGCUGACACAGGAUGAGCUCGAUCACAUCGCCCAUAUCCAACAACUCGCAGACCAAGCUGCUGCCGAGUUCGAAAUGCAGAGGGUAGCCAUUUCCGACACUACUGUAGCCGAUACCCUGGAUUCGAUGUUGUUACGAUCGGAGUCGAUAGCAAAGGCACGAUUGGGGAUGGCUGAAGAGCUACCGAUAAGAACAAUCCGUGCCGAAUCAGUGGAAGAACAUUCCAGCGCCACUUCUGGUGCCGAUGCGGAGCGAUCCUUCGAGCAGUCCAGCUUCGAAGAAGCUCCAGCAUACGACAGAAUUUCUCCACUGCUUGAAGCGACCAUCCAGGAAGAGCCGGUCGAUCAACUAACACAAGAAGAACUUGACCAUAUUGCCUGGAUUCAGAAAAUGGCUGAAGAUUCCGCAGUGGAAUUUGAUAGGCAGCGUAGGGCGGUACCUGAUGCUACAGUAGUCGACGCCUUGGAUUCACAAACAAACCGGUCGGAACCAUUAGCACAAGCAAGGCUAGCGUUCGCGGAGAAAUUCGAGCUACCGCUGCCAGAAACAGCUUCUGACGAUGAACACUCCGAUGCCGGAGCCGACGUAGAGAGGUCUUUUGAACAGCCCUCGUUUGAAGAAGCCCCGACUUACGAAAGCGAAUCUCGUGUAGCCCCUGUCGCGCAACCAGAACUGACUGCAGAGGAACUCGAGCAUAUUGCUUGGAUUCAGAAAAUGGCCGAACAGUCUGCUGCGGAAUUCGAGAUGCAACGGAAAUCUGUGGCUGAUACAACUGUGGUCGACGCCUUCGACUCCCAGCUGAAUCGAUCAGAAUCCCUGGCCAAGGCACGACUCGAAGUCGCUGAAGAACUGCCUGAAUGGGGAGAUCGAGUAGAAUCAGCUGAAGAGCAUUCCAGCGCUACUUCCGGUGCAGAUGCUACUCAAUCUUUCGAGCAGUCUAGCUUCGAAGAAGCUCCUGCCUACGAGAGAAGCUCACCUCUUCUAGAGCCAACGAUUCAAGAAGAGCCAGUCGAUCAACUGACACAAGAAGAGCUCGACCACAUCGCCUACAUCCAGAAGAUGGCCGAACAAUCCGCCAUCGGGUUUGAAAUGCAGCGGAUGGCAGUAGCAGAUGACAUGGUCACCGAUUCAAUCGAACCAGUCACAGCGGAGGCCAUCGGAGUGCCAAGAGGAACAUUACAAUGGAUAACGGAUUUGCCCCUCGCUACAGUCCGAGCCCAAAAAUCAAUCGAUAGUGCCUCCAGUGCCACAUCCGGUGCCGAUGAACGACAUUCUUUUGAAGUUGAGCUGAACCUGACAGAUGGUGAGGAGCAGUUCUCCGGAUUGGAGCCAAUUCUGGAAAAAUCUGACGUCAGCACACCUACUUCCGGUGAAGACGAACACCGCUCGUUCGAUCUAUCCUUCGAAAUUGCUGGCGGAUCGCUUGAUCAGGCCGCAUUCAUCAAGAAACUUUCCGGCGAGGUCGAACAUGAGAUGCGACAGGCCACAUUCGCCUCGACCGUCCAGCAGCCGGUGCGAUCCAUCGAUAAACCGGAGGAAUCAGACGAGGAAGGACUAGAACCUGCGAGCCCGUUCGAAGAGGAAAUUGCUGCCGAGUUGGAUGCGCGGCUAGCAAAAAUCCCACCGCCUCCACGACCUACGAGGCCAAAGCUGGCUGACCAGGAAAUGGUGGAGAUCAUUGACUGCGACUUGGCCAGGGUGGAAGUUCUGCGGCAGCCGGAGUUCGAGGCCAGUCAGCGUAUCCCGGCUUUUGAAGCUGCAUCCACAGAGGUUACGGAUGUCACCUGGAGCCUGACUGAAUCCAGCUUGGCUCUGAUCCCCGCCAGGUUACAACGGUCUCAAGAUAUCCAACUUGUUGAAUCUGUGCCAUCCACUCCGACUUCUGGAGCUGAUGAUCAUGCAAACGACUCGGAUCUAGAGCCGGAGAGCCAGAUGUUGGUGGAUAUUGAGGAGAAACUGACGACGAUUUCUAUACUUGCCGAGGGGCAGAAUGUUCCAACCGUAAUCCGGAAUACCGCUCAAAUGAUAGCGUCAAAGCCGCCUCCCUGUAUCUCUCCAGAACCGAAAGAGCGCUCCAUCGUGGAUAAGGCGGCCUUUGACGAGGAGGUGAUGUCCAGUUCGGCCCUACAACUCGACUUCUUCCAACGAAUCGCUGAAGAGACGGCCCGUGAAUUUGGAGAUCGCACAGCGCUUGGCAUACCGGAGUUGCCCAACAUCUUCGAGCUCGAUGAGCCUGAGAACAACGAAGCGGCAUCGACACCGACUUCCGGAGCCGACGAAGAGGACCGUGAGUUGGAAGAAGAACCUGAUAUCCCGUCACCUGCUGCGGCAUCUGAUGCCCAGAAUGCUGCCCCUGUCGAAAUACAAGCUGAGGGGACCCAAGCUAAGGUCAGCGUCCUGGCGGAGACGGUGCACACUGCACCUCUACCACCAAGGCGGCCACCACCUCCAAGACGCGUGAUCCGACACAUAAGCGAAGAGCUACAAUCCACAGCUCCGGUCCUAUACUACUAUUCUGAGAAUAUGCCUGUAGCCACCAUCAAGCCAACCGAAUCCUCGAUCCUACCGCCUAAAAAGAGCAAAGUCUCAGAAGUCUCAAUCAUUGUCACAACCGAUGUAUCAAGCUCGGAGGCGCCAAAGCAACCUCAACGUGCCGUUUGGAAGCUCGAGCCCGAUUCCAGUGAGGAAGGUAGCGUGGAGAAUGACGUUAACAUCAGCCAGGAAUUGGAGGCUAUCGAAUUUGACGAGCUCUAUACACUAAUGGAAACGAAGAGCAAAGAAUUCUUCAAGACCAAGCUCUGGCCCUUGCGGCGAAACUGCGACCAAUUGAGGAGAGCAAACGAUAAGAUCAUCCUCGAGGAAAAUGAAUCCGACCUGAGCUCCAGCUCCUCGUCGACAAGCUCCCAAGAAGAACUCGUUGACAACUAUGGAGCGCUCAAUGAUCUGGCUUCCAUGCUGAUCGAUGACCAAUUCAACGAUCUGCUGCGGGUGGCAAACCGGAUUGGACGCAGGCAUUCUUUCGACACCGCUUGUCGGAGUCUCAGCAUUGGAAGGGAGGAGUCCGAGCCGGAAAAACCGAAGCCCUUCGAUGAACCGACUCCGCCAACACCUGCGGUGAAGAAAAAGCCGCCGCUCCUACGCGCGCCAACGGUUGCUGGCUUCGAAACCAACGCUGAUCUAAGCGCGAAGCAAAUCUCGGAGCAAAUCAUGGACCAACUACAAGAAACCAACGUCAUUUUGGACAACCUUGAAGUGAAAAUUGAACGCAUCAGCCGCAAGGAACUCUACGGGUUCGAUUCCUCAGACUCCGACGAUAGCGAGGAGAUUUCCUUUGUCGAGCCCGAGCAGGUCCCUGAGGUGGCCGUGUUUGAAGAGCUUGCUAGCCCCGCAACCUCCAGACAGGAUGAGCCCGAUGACCGAAGUAGCGUAUCAUCGGACCGGCAAGUUGUGGGCUCUAUCGAGCAGUCCAGCUUUGAGGACGCUCCAUUAAUCGAGCCUUCGCUCCAAGAAGAGCCCGUGGAUCAGAUGACACAAGAAGAGCUCGACCACAUCGCCUACAUCCAAAAGAUGGCCGAACAAUCCGCCGUCGAGUUUGAGAUGCAACGGAAAUCUGUGGCUGAUACCACCGUUGUCGACGCAUUCGACUCUCAAAUGAAUCGAUCAGUAUCUCUCGCUCAAGCGCGACUCGAAGUCGCUGAAGAACUGCCUGAAUGGGGAGAUCGAGUCGAGUCACCUGAACAGCAUUCCAGCGCCACUUCCGGUGCUGAUGCUACUCAAUCCUUCGAACAGUCCAGCUUCGAAGAGGCUCCAGCUUACGAGAGAGGUUCUCCACUACUUGAACCAACGAUCCAAGAAGAGCCAGUCGAUCAGCUGACACAAGAAGAGCUCGACCACAUCGCCUACAUCCAAAAGAUGGCCGAACAAUCCGCCGUCGAGUUUGAGAUGCAACGGAAAUCUGUGGCUGAUACCACCGUUGUCGACGCAUUCGACUCUCAAAUGAAUCGAUCAGAAUCUCUCGCUCAAGCGCGACUCGAAGUCGCUGAAGAACUGCCUGAAUGGGGAGAUCGAGUCGAGUCACCUGAACAGCAUUCCAGCGCUACCUCCGGUGCUGAUGCUCAGCACUCGUUCGAGCAGUCCAGCUUCGAAGAGGCUCCUGUUUACGAGAGAAGCUCACCACUACUUGAACCAACGAUCCAAGAAGAGCCAGUCGAUCAACUGACACAAGAAGAGCUCGACCACAUCGCCUACAUCCAAAAGAUGGCCGAACAAUCCGCCGUCGAGUUUGAGAUGCAACGGAAAUCUGUGGCUGAUACCACCGUUGUCGACGCAUUCGACUCUCAAAUGAAUCGAUCAGAAUCUCUCGCUCAAGCGCGACUCGAAGUCGCUGAAGAACUGCCUGAAUGGGGAGAUCGAGUCGAGUCACCUGAAGAGCAUUCCAGCGCUACCUCCGGUGCUGAUGCUACUCAAUCCUUCGAACAGUCCAGCUUCGAAGAGGCUCCAGCUUACGAGAGAGGUUCUCCAUUACUUGAACCAACGAUCCAAGAAGAGCCAGUCGAUCAACUGACACAAGAAGAGCUCGACCACAUCGCCUAUAUCCAAAAGAUGGCCGAACAAUCCGCCGUCGAGUUUGAGAUGCAACGGAAAUCUGUGGCUGAUACCACCGUUGUCGACGCAUUCGACUCUCAAAUGAAUCGAUCAGUAUCUCUCGCUCAAGCGCGACUCGAAGUCGCUGAAGAACUGCCUGAAUGGGGAGAUCGAGUCGAGUCACCUGAACAGCAUUCCAGCGCCACUUCCGGUGCUGAUGCUCAGCACUCGUUCGAGCAGUCCAGCUUCGAAGAGGCUCAUGUUUACGAGAGAAGCUCACCACUUCUCGAGCCAACUCUCCAGGAGGAACCGGUCGAUCUGCUGACACAAGAAGAGCUCGACCACAUCGCCUACAUCCAAAAGAUGGUCGAACAAUCCGCCGUCGAGUUUGAGAUGCAACGGAAAUCUGUGGCUGAUACCACCGUUGUCGACGCAUUCGACUCUCAAAUGAAUCGAUCAGAAUCUCUCGCUCAAGCGCGACUCGAAGUCGCUGAAGAACUGCCUGAAUGGGGAGAUCGAGUCGAGUCACCUGAACAGCAUUCCAGCGCCACUUCCGGUGCUGAUGCUACUCAAUCCUUCGAACAGUCCAGCUUCGAAGAGGCUCCAGCUUACGAGAGAGGUUCUCCACUACUUGAACCAACGAUCCAAGAAGAGCCAGUCGAUCAACUGACACAAGAAGAGCUCGACCACAUCGCCUACAUCCAAAAGAUGGCCGAACAAUCCGCCGUCGAGUUUGAGAUGCAACGGAAAUCUGUGGCUGAUACCACCGUUGUCGACGCAUUCGACUCUCAAAUGAAUCGAUCAGUAUCUCUCGCUCAAGCGCGACUCGAAGUCGCUGAAGAACUGCCUGAAUGGGGAGAUCGAGUCGAGUCACCUGAACAGCAUUCCAGCGCCACUUCCGGUGCUGAUGCUACUCAAUCCUUCGAACAGUCCAGCUUCGAAGAGGCUCCAGCUUACGAGAGAGGUUCUCCACUACUUGAACCAACGAUCCAAGAAGAGCCAGUCGAUCAACUGACACAAGAAGAGCUCGACCACAUCGCCUACAUCCAAAAGAUGGCCGAACAAUCCGCCGUCGAGUUUGAGAUGCAACGGAAAUCUGUGGCUGAUACCACCGUUGUCGACGCAUUCGACUCUCAAAUGAAUCGAUCAGAAUCUCUCGCUCAAGCGCGACUCGAAGUCGCUGAAGAACUGCCUGAAUGGGGAGAUCGAGUCGAGUCACCUGAACAGCAUUCCAGCGCCACUUCCGGUGCUGAUGCUACUCAAUACUUCGAACAGUCCAGCUUCGAACAGGGUCCAGCUUACGAGAGAGGUUCUCAACUACUUAAACCAACGAUCCAAGAAGAGCCAGUGGAUCAGCUGACACAAGAAGAGCUCGACCACAUCGCCUACAUCCAAAAGAUGGCCGAACAAUCCGCCGUCGAGUUUGAGAUGCAACGGAAAUCUGUGGCUGAUACCACCGUUGUCGACGCAUUCGACUCUCAAAUGAAUCGAUCAGAAUCUCUCGCUCAAGCGCGACUCGAAGUCGCUGAAGAACUGCCUGAAUGGGGAGAUCGAGUCGAAUCACCUGAACAGCAUUCCAGCGCUACCUCCGGUGCUGAUGCUCAGCACUCGUUCGAGCAGUCCAGCUUCGAAGAGGCUCCUGUUUACGAGAGAAGCUCACCACUACUUGAACCAACGAUCCAAGAAGAGCCAGUCGAUCAACUGACACAAGAAGAGCUCGACCACAUCGCCUACAUCCAAAAGAUGGCCGAACAAUCCGCCGUCGAGUUUGAGAUGCAACGGAAAUCUGUGGCUGAUACCACCGUUGUCGACGCAUUCGACUCUCAAAUGAAUCGAUCAGAAUCUCUCGCUCAAGCGCGACUCGAAGUCGCUGAAGAACUGCCUGAAUGGGGAGAUCGAGUCGAGUCACCUGAAGAGCAUUCCAGCGCUACCUCCGGUGCUGAUGCUACUCAAUCCUUCGAACAGUCCAGCUUCGAAGAGGCUCGAGCUUACGAGAGAGGUUCUCCACUACUUGAACCAACGAUCCAAGAAGAGCCAGUCGAUCAACUGACACAAGAAGAGCUCGACCACAUCGCCUACAUCCAAAAGAUGGCCGAACAAUCCGCCGUCGAGUUUGAGAUGCAACGGAAAUCUGUGGCUGAUACCACCGUUGUCGACGCAUUCGACUCUCAAAUGAAUCGAUCAGAAUCUCUCGCUCAAGCGCGACUCGAAGUCGCUGAAGAACUGCCUGAAUGGGGAGAUCGAGUCGAGUCACCUGAAGAGCAUUCCAGCGCUACCUCCGGUGCUGAUGCUACUCAAUCCUUCGAACAGUCCAGCUUCGAAGAGGCUCCAGCUUACGAGAGAGGUUCUCCAUUACUUGAACCAACGAUCCAAGAAGAGCCAGUCGAUCAACUGACACAAGAAGAGCUCGACCACAUCGCCUACAUCCAAAAGAUGGCCGAACAAUCCGCCGUCGAGUUUGAGAUGCAACGGAAAUCUGUGGCUGAUACCACCGUUGUCGACGCAUUCGACUCUCAAAUGAAUCGAUCAGUAUCUCUCGCUCAAGCGCGACUCGAAGUCGCUGAAGAACUGCCUGAAUGGGGAGAUCGAGUCGAGUCACCUGAACAGCAUUCCAGCGCCACUUCCGGUGCUGAUGCUACUCAAUCCUUCGAACAGUCCAGCUUCGAAGAGGCUCCAGCUUACGAGAGAGGUUCUCCACUACUUGAACCAACGAUCCAAGAAGAGCCAGUCGAUCAACUGACACAAGAAGAGCUCGACCACAUCGCCUACAUCCAAAAGAUGGCCGAACAAUCCGCCGUCGAGUUUGAGAUGCAACGGAAAUCUGUGGCUGAUACCACCGUUGUCGACGCAUUCGACUCUCAAAUGAAUCGAUCAGAAUCUCUCGCUCAAGCGCGACUCGAAGUCGCUGAAGAACUGCCUGAAUGGGGAGAUCGAGUCGAGUCACCUGAACAGCAUUCCAGCGCCACUUCCGGUGCUGAUGCUACUCAAUACUUCGAACAGUCCAGCUUCGAACAGGGUCCAGCUUACGAGAGAGGUUCUCAACUACUUAAACCAACGAUCCAAGAAGAGCCAGUGGAUCAGCUGACACAAGAAGAGCUCGACCACAUCGCCUACAUCCAAAAGAUGGCCGAACAAUCCGCCGUCGAGUUUGAGAUGCAACGGAAAUCUGUGGCUGAUACCACCGUUGUCGACGCAUUCGACUCUCAAAUGAAUCGAUCAGAAUCUCUCGCUCAAGCGCGACUCGAAGUCGCUGAAGAACUGCCUGAAUGGGGAGAUCGAGUCGAAUCACCUGAACAGCAUUCCAGCGCUACCUCCGGUGCUGAUGCUCAGCACUCGUUCGAGCAGUCCAGCUUCGAAGAGGCUCCUGUUUACGAGAGAAGCUCACCACUACUUGAACCAACGAUCCAAGAAGAGCCAGUCGAUCAACUGACACAAGAAGAGCUCGACCACAUCGCCUACAUCCAAAAGAUGGCCGAACAAUCCGCCGUCGAGUUUGAGAUGCAACGGAAAUCUGUGGCUGAUACCACCGUUGUCGACGCAUUCGACUCUCAAAUGAAUCGAUCAGAAUCUCUCGCUCAAGCGCGACUCGAAGUCGCUGAAGAACUGCCUGAAUGGGGAGAUCGAGUCGAGUCACCUGAAGAGCAUUCCAGCGCUACCUCCGGUGCUGAUGCUACUCAAUCCUUCGAACAGUCCAGCUUCGAAGAGGCUCGAGCUUACGAGAGAGGUUCUCCACUACUUGAACCAACGAUCCAAGAAGAGCCAGUCGAUCAACUGACACAAGAAGAGCUCGACCACAUCGCCUACAUCCAAAAGAUGGCCGAACAAUCCGCCGUCGAGUUUGAGAUGCAACGGAAAUCUGUGGCUGAUACCACCGUUGUCGACGCAUUCGACUCUCAAAUGAAUCGAUCAGAAUCUCUCGCUCAAGCGCGACUCGAAGUCGCUGAAGAACUGCCUGAAUGGGGAGAUCGAGUCGAGUCACCUGAACAGCAUUCCAGCGCCACUUCCGGUGCUGAUGCUACUCAAUCCUUCGAACAGUCCAGCUUCGAAGAGGCUCCAGCUUACGAGAGAGGUUCUCCACUACUUGAACCAACGAUCCAAGAAGAGCCAGUCGAUCUGCUGACACAAGAAGAGCUCGACCACAUCGCCUACAUCCAAAAGAUGGUCGAACAAUCCGCCGUCGAGUUUGAGAUGCAACGGAAAUCUGUGGCUGAUACCACCGUUGUCGACGCAUUCGACUCUCAAAUGAAUCGAUCAGAAUCUCUCGCUCAAGCGCGACUCGAAGUCGCUGAAGAACUGCCUGAAUGGGGAGAUCGAGUCGAGUCACCUGAACAGCAUUCCAGCGCUACCUCCGGUGCUGAUGCUCAGCACUCGUUCGAGCAGUCCAGCUUCGAAGAGGCUCCUGUUUACGAGAGAAGCUCACCACUUCUCGAGCCAAAUCUCCAGGAGGAACCGGUCGAUCUGCUGACACAAGAAGAGCUCGACCACAUCGCCUACAUCCAAAAGAUGGCCGAACAAUCCGCCGUCGAGUUUGAGAUGCAACGGAAAUCUGUGGCUGAUACCACCGUUGUCGACGCAUUCGACUCUCAAAUGAAUCGAUCAGAAUCUCUCGCUCAAGCGCGACUCGAAGUCGCUGAAGAACUGCCUGAAUGGGGAGAUCGAGUCGAGUCACCUGAAGAGCAUUCCAGCGCUACCUCCGGUGCUGAUGCUCAGCACUCGUUCGAGCAGUCCAGCUCCGAAGAGGCUCCUGUUUACGAGAGAAGCUCACCACUUCUCGAGCCAACUCUCCAGGAGGAACCGGUCGAUCUGCUGACACAAGAAGAGCUCGACCACAUCGCCUACAUCCAAAAGAUGGCCGAACAAUCCGCCGUCGAGUUUGAGAUGCAACGGAAAUCUGUGGCUGAUACCACCGUUGUCGACGCAUUCGACUCUCAAAUGAAUCGAUCAGAAUCUCUCGCUCAAGCGCGACUCGAAGUCGCUGAAGAACUGCCUGAAUGGGGAGAUCGAGUCGAGUCACCUGAAGAGCAUUCCAGCGCUACCUCCGGUGCUGAUGCUACUCAAUCCUUCGAACAGUCCAGCUUCGAAGAGGCUCGAGCUUACGAGAGAGGUUCUCCACUACUUGAACCAACGAUCCAAGAAGAGCCAGUCGAUCAACUGACACAAGAAGAGCUCGACCACAUCGCCUACAUCCAAAAGAUGGCCGAACAAUCCGCCGUCGAGUUUGAGAUGCAACGGAAAUCUGUGGCUGAUACCACCAAUCUCUCGCUCAAGUGCGACUCGAAGUCGCUGAAGAACUGCCUGAAUGGGGAGAUCGAGUCGAGUCACCUGAAGAGCAUUCCAGCGCUACCUCCGGUGCUGAUGCUACUCAAUCCUUCGAACAGUCCAGCUUCGAAGAGGCUCGAGCUUACGAGAGGUUCUCCACUACUUGAACCAACGAUCCAAGAAGAGCCAGUCGAUCAACUGACACAAGAAGAGCUCGACCACAUCGCCUACAUCCAAAAGAUGGCCGAACAAUCCGCCGUCGAGUUUGAGAUGCAACGGAAAUCUGUGGCUGAUACCACCGUUGUCGACGCAUUCGACUCUCAAAUGAAUCGAUCAGAAUCUCUCGCUCAAGCGCGACUCGAAGUCGCUGAAGAACUGCCUGAAUGGGGAGAUCGAGUCGAGUCACCCGAAGAGCAUUCCAGUGCCACUUCCGAAGCGGAUUCCGAACAGAUUUCCGGAUCUUUUGCCGCGGAAGGAGACGAGGAAUUGGGAGAAACCGUUCAAGAAUGGUGUGAAAGCCCAAAGGCCGUUGCAGAUUCAUUGUGCGCUGAAGCGGUUGAUGCGAUAAUGGCGCCGGUGGAGAGGGUGGAAUUGGCUGAAAAAGAGCUAGCUAGCCUCAUCUCGGUUCCCAAAAAAUACGACGAAGGAUUGACCGAGGAAGAGCUGGCACACAUUGCCUACAUCCAGAGCCUGGCCGAGCAGGAAGACCCAGGGCUAUUCACAAUGCUAGAUAGUCGGCAUGUAGCCGGACCAGAACCAUCGAUUAGCGAGGUUUCUGCGUUUAUUCCAAGGCGCCGCUCAUCGGUUUCGGUGCAACAUUUUUCGGAGAAGCUCCAGUCGACCACUUUCCAAUCAUCCAUGGAAACGGCCAGGGCUUCCCGGGGCUUCCCGGUGCGCCAAACAACAAUUUCGGCCCCAAGUUUUGUGCGGGCAGAAUAUCAACAAAGUGCGGAAGUGCCUGAGCCGGCGAUUUCUACUGAAGAUACCGAAAUGCCGCCGGUUUCACCAAGAACACGCGUUGCUUAUACGAAUAUAUUCCGAAACUCGAUGAACCGCGAGCUACAAACCUCAUUGUCGUUCAGCGCCGAAAAUCCGAUGCCCGAUGACAUUCCUGAACCGGAAGUCGAAACAGAAGGGCCCUUUAUGUCCUCCAAACCAACGACGUCCGUCGUGUUCAUGGAUAAUUCGUUGAAGGAGUCGUUGCCGUCUUUCCCAGAGGCUGAAGGAAGCGGCGAGGAGGAUAUCAUUUCGAUUCCGGAAAAUCUGUCGCGGAAAAGCAGUGGCAAGGACUUUUUGGACGCUGAGAUUGAUGGGAAAACAUCACCAGGCGCAACACGUUUCUGCAAGAGCAUGAGCGACGUCCAUCCCAAGUCCGAGGCCAAAACGGAACCAAUGAGGAUUUCGAGAAGCAUCGCCUGCGUGCGCGGCAUUGGCCACGAAUGGCACGAGCGGCUGAACGCGUUCGAGCUCUGUGAACAGCACUCGUACACCGACAGCUUCUCGAUGCUCACCAAUGUUGACCUGUUAUGCCGCGUGAACUUCUACGCUAACCGGUUGACCGAGGCUAUUGCCGAGAGCGCCGGGCGGGAGCUCCGCAUCCAGAUCCGGCAGAGCAUCAACCCGAGGGCCCGAUACUUCACCGAUGGAGCCGAUGGGUAUCCGUGCUUGCCGGAUUCGAGUCCGGAAAGCGAGGGUCCCGAUGCGGAUUCCGAAGAGCACCGCGGUUUUACUGUCGAGAUCGCCGAGGAAGAGGUCCCCUCUUUUGGGCUCUUCUCCUUCCUCUCCCCGCGCCGACCAAGCCACACGCCAGAACGCCCGCGAUCUGCCCUCUCCAUGCUGUCGAGCUCAUUCUUCGAGGAGAAGCCGAAGAAGAGAAAGACCUCAAUGGAAAGGCCGGGCACCUCGAGCUCCAUUGCUCCGACUACGAACGAGGGAAUCAUCGGGCUGCUUCGAAGAUCAUCCGGAGCGGAAUCCAGAGCUUCGACCUCAUCGCCAUUGCAGCUUCCGGACAACGCACUUGUGGGAUUGUCACAGGAAGAGCGUGACCACAUCAUGCGCGUGAUGGCCGCUGCUACGCAGAAGGUGUCACCGAGCACUUCGAGAAGAAGCUCGUCUGCCAUCGGUCAUUCUGUCCUUCCGGAAAUGAACGAGCUCACCAACGCCGAGCGUGAACACAUCCAGAGCGUUUUGGAUAAGGCGGAUCAGCGGCAGAAUCCAUUUGUCAUCAACGUUCCGAAACGCCAACUUACUCUCCGCACCGAUUCGGUACAAUCCGGACUAACGGAACCUGCGUCAAAGGCGCAGUCUUCCAUCUCCGAUGAGGACUACGGAACCUCGAUCCGGUCUAUUGAAGACGCGAUCAGACGAGCGGAAGCUGGUUCGAGUCAAUCAGAUGAAACCUCGAGACAACAGCUACAGUUGGAUAUCAGCUCGAGAACGCCAGGUAUUUCCACCGUCACCAAAGAUCGGGAUGACUCAAAGACGUCUACCCCGUCCAGGAAGGAAAGCUCGACACUGAGCGGCUUCAAGUCCUUCUUCUCCGGUUUCACGUCCAAGCCCGAGGAGCCGAAGAAGACCAUGCUCCCAGCGCCCCAGAUCCAGAAGACUAGCCCAUCCCCGGUAGCUAGCUCGCCUGGUAGUAUUGUGACGCCGAGCCCUCGCGAAGAUGAACCGGAGCUCACCGAGGAGGAGCUGGAGCAUAUUCGGCGCGUCACCCAGAUGGCUGCUAUGGCUGGGGAGGCUUUUUCACCUUUCUCCAUGCAGCAGGCAAAGCCGAUUCAAGUCAAGCCCGAACCUGCCCAAGCAGAGCUCUCAGCCGCUGAGCUCGAGCACAUCCAGCGAAUUGCCGCUAUGGCCGAGGCGAUGGAUCAGCCAAUAUUUAAGCCAGUUGAAGCUCAAAUCAAACCUGAAGUUCCGGAGUUAACAGCCGAAGAAAUAGAGCACACCCGGCGAAUUGAGGCUAUGGCAAGCGGCUUCGAUGUACCGGAACCCACACAAGCGCCUGAAUUGUCAGCAGAGGAGCUUGAGCACAUCCGGAAAAUCAACGAAGCUGCGGGAAUGGACUUUGAGCAGCCAGCUCCCCUUGAUCAGCGCCGAAAGUCGUUCGGCUUCAACAUGGGCGGCUUUAUGGGCUCUGCGGUGAAACAGACCAAGCAAGGGACUUCUAUGCUGAAGGGAAUCUUCAACCAGCCGACCCAACCAAGCCAAGCCAAGCCCGAGCCGAAGGUAUCUGAGCCGGGCUUGAGCCAAGCUGAACUUGAUCAUAUUAAGAGGAUAUCGGAAGCCGCGGAAAUUGAUUCUCAAGCUCAGUAUCCUGGUUUUGGAGUUCAGGCUAUAAGCCAAAGCAAACCAGCCAAGCCCGAGCUCAGCCAACAGGAGCUUGAGCACAUCAGAAGAAUUACGGAAGCAGCUGAAGCUAUGGAUUCUCAGGUUCAGUUGACCGGCUUCCAAGCGAGACCUGUUGUCGACACAUGGCCAGCUGAGCCCGAGCUAAGCCAAGCUGAGCUUGACCACAUCAGAAGAAUCGCCGAAGCGGCAGAAGUCAUGGAUUCUCAAGCUCAAUUCCCUGGCUUCCAGACAGGACCUGUCGUGGAAACGAAGCCAACUGAGCCCGACCUAAGCCAAGCUGAGCUCGAUCACAUUAGAAGGAUCACCGAAGCCGCCGAGGCCAUGGAAUUCACCGCCACGCCUCGCCCAUCCGAACCAACGAGAGAAGAAAUCUCCCACUUCCAAAAGGUCUCCAACCUCCCCGCUUCCGAUAAGCUCACUGCCGAGGAACUCGAACACAUCCGCAAAAUUACCGAGGCGGCCGACGCCCUCAGCACAUACCCACAAGAGGGCGGCCCUUCAGAAGCAGCCGGGGCAAUUAGCACUCGACCCUGGGAGGGAGGCUUCGGCAACGAGACGGCGACCUCAUUAGGGCACUACGCUGUUGAGGGCGAGACACCGAUCCUGGUCUCAACUCCGGUGCCCCAGGAAGAUUCUGACGCGACAGAGGGCGCCUCGGAACCGGAAGACGACGCUUCUGACGCUACGGGGCUUGCGUCUGAGCCUAGGAGUUUUGACGUCGAUUCGGAGCCCGAGUUCUAUGGACGACAGCCGGCUGUACGGUUGCAGAAGACUGUUUCGGAAGCGACUGAACCGGCUUCCGAACCGGAGGACCUGUCUGAAGGAACGGGAGUAGCCUCGGAACCUGAGCACGAGUUCGCGCAAAGCCCACCACCGAAAGCUGAAAACUUUGAAGCUCAACCUACCGAGUACGAACAAGUUCUAGAAAAUUAUCCUCGGCCUCAAGUUGAAAAAGUCCAGGAAAAACCUGAAGACCACGAGCACGAACUCGACGUCAGUGAAGCCAUUCCCGAGCCGAGAAUCGAAGAGCCCGAACCAGGAUACGAGGUUCCGGAAAUCCCAUCAGAUGAACGUAGCCAUGUCGAAGACGCCUUCAACCACGAUAAAUUCCUCUCUGGACGUCGAGAAGAAGUGAUGCAUGACGAGGAAACAACCCCAAUCUCAAGGGGCUCAGACCGGCGUACGAUCUCCAGAAAAUCCUCGGAAUUCAGCAUCAAGUCGGUGUCGGAGAUUGUGCGCUCCCCGCAUGUCCACAAUUGGUACGAGGAGCAGCUGUCGUUCAUGAAGGAAUCCAUCGCCGAUGAAGAUGGCGUGCAUCAUGGUUUUGAUGAAGACAUCACAGAAGGCGAAGACGAAAAUGAACAGCGUACACCAACCCCGCCAACCCCAAUAGCGGAAGUACCAGAGCUGCCGGCUGAAAUUGAAGCUGCUGGCCAGCCGCGAGCGCUACCGGGCGUUGCCACCACCUCCGACGAGGGCCCGGUCCGCUCGAUGUUCGGCCGUAAGCAGGAUGGGGGCGGAGGAGGGUUCGGCUUCGGCAAGCUCGGCGGCUUCGCGACGUCCGCCCUCGGAAAGGCAAAAGCAGCCAGCGAACAGCUCCAAGCCGCCGCCAAGGACGCAGUUGCCGAUAUUUCGCAGCCCGGCCCAUCCUCACUUACACAACAGGGAGCACCACCGAUGCCCAGCACUUCAUACGCCCCGCAGCCACCACUACCACCACCAACGGAUGGAAUGGAAGGGCUGUCCGAAGAGGAGAGAAGGCAUAUCAUGAAGGUGAUGGGCGCUGCGGCAAUGGAAGAACCACUACCUAUCCCAAUGCCAAAAGCGGCCCCGAUAACACCAUCACCUAUGGAAGGGCUGGAAGGGUUGAGUGCGGAGGAGCAGAGGAAGAUCAUGGAGGUGAUGAACCAAGCCGCGAUGAUGGACGGACAAAUGCCAUCUACCUCUUUUGCACCACCACAGCCUCAGCCGGCGAGACAAGCGGCUUCUCCGAUGCCCCCACCAACUUCCCUGGCCACUCCUAUGGACGGUUUGGAAGGGCUGACACCAGAGGAACGGGCCAAGAUCAUGGCAGUCAUGAACGAGGCGGCGAUGGAAGAGGCGAGAACACCCCUUCAGGCUGCGCGCUCGCCAAUGAUGGCCAAGUCUCCGUCGUUUGUACCGGCUCCACCACCUCCCCAAGUCGAGAAAGCGCUCGAUGGGUUGACGGAGGAGGAGAGGAGAAGGAUACAAGAAGUGAUGAACAUGGCGGCGAUGGACGAGAUGGCAGCUCCGAUGCCGCAGCCGAGCAUCUCCAGAACCCCGUCGGCAUACCAGAUGCAACAGGAACCCUUGAAUCCGUAUGAGAUCGAAGGGCUCGAAGAUCUACCCGACGAGGAACGACGCCGGAUCCUCGCCGUCAUGGCAGAAGCUGCUGCUCAGGAGCAGCAACAACCGCUCCCCUCGACCUCUGGAAUGCACUCGAUUCCACCAAUCCAAAGGAUAGUCCCCUCAAAAUCAAGCGAGGUUCUUCGUCCUACCCACCGGGACGAGCCCCAGCAACGCAGGAUGAGCACCGGCUUCCAAUCCUUUGGAGCUGUACCCCCUCCGCAACAAGUUCAAGCCAUGGAGCCCGAGAUUCCGGAAAUUCCGGAUAUCGAUUUAUCGCAUCUCUCGCCAGCGGAACGAGAACAGAUUAUGGCGGUCAUGCGGAUGGCCCAGGGCGGAGACCCAACUUUGGAGCACCGGAAACCCGAGCCAAGAUGGGCCGCCCCGGAGCCAGAACUUGUCGCCGAUCGGCUGGAGCGAGAAUCUGUCGAUCUGCAGCGAGCUGUUGCUAUUCAGCCGAGGAGGGUGUCCAGGGAGAAUUCGUCACCAUUGCCGUCACCAGCUUCGAGAGACUCCUUCUACGACACGUCCGACUCGGGCAGCUACUACGAGAACCUUGGCCAAACCGGCAGAUUACGCCGAGAAUCCGACAGCAUGGCAGACUCGGGCUUUGCCACCCAGUCCGGAAGUGUGCAGAGCGAGCUUGGGCGUAAGGAGGUGUCGAGCGUAGCACCUACACAGGAUCCAGCAGCCGAACAGCGGAUUGGAACCGCGGCAAGUCAAUUAAGAGCCGGGCUCGAGGAGGCCGAUUUUACAUAUGAUGAUGACGAGCGGUAUAGGAUGGAUGAGGCGCAGUUGAAGGAGGUCGUCGAUGCGGUCGAAGACGCAAGAUGGAAAGAAAUGGAAGCAUCCUGGAAUACCACGCAAAGACCAAGGAUGUGGACUACUGUAUUCGAGUCCGAUGAAAGUGAGAUGCCGUCAUCGGAGAGGAGACAAGCAGAAGACGGACAACAACAAGCGUCCAGAGGAAUGCCGCGUACUCGAAUCUUCUACGACUCGGCUGCAAGUCCGAUGGACGCCGUGGAGAUGGAUGAGGUCUACGACGUCUUCGCCCCUGAAGACGUGCGACAACCUGAAGCAGUUCAGGCUGUUCAGCCUCAACCCCCUCGCAUCACCGGUCUCCGCGAAAUGGCCUUCGAUUCCGGCCCUGUCGUCCCUCAACCUCAGACUCAGAAAGUUGCUGCUCAAUCUCAGCCUCCUGCUCAAGCUCUACCACAAAUUGCUCAGCCCCAGCCAGCUCAACAAGUUCAGCAAGUUCAACAACCACCCCAAAUUCAACAAGACACGAUGGACGUGCCGGACAUUGCAAUCCUGCCCUCUACCCCAAUUUCUUCCACCAGGAAUUCUCCGGAAGGCUCACCGAGUUCAACACCGACACCUGUCGAGCUGCCGAAAUACCAGCCAACCGGGAAACCACUACCUCCGCUGCGGGCCGCUGGCAUUCCGGAGACGGAGUACACCUUCACCAUGCCGGAUCUCACAAAGAAGCCGAGACGGAUAAAAUUCAACUACCGGAACGCCGAGGACAGCGACGAGUCAGAGGCGUCGUCGGAGGAAGAGGACUAUCCGGAUACGGUUAUCGCUGCUCCUGUCGCCCCGUCCCAACCCUACGACGUCGUCGAGGCCGAACGUGUCGAGCAGGAAGAAUUCGGAAAAGAAGUGCUGCGCCAGAUCCAGGCAUUCGGCGAUAUUGGCCAUCUAUCCGAUCUGGCCAACGACGAGUUUGACGUUCACUGGACACUAGAGAGGAGGAGAGAAGCGACGGAACAGGCGGCCCGAAUGGCGCUUCCGGUGGUGACGAUUCACUCCCAGGAGCCUGGACAUCCACAGAUCCCGACAAAUGGCGCGAAUAUCCCAAUGCCGGAGGAGAUGUCGACACAACCUGUCACUGACCCGCUUGACGUCACGCAGCAACCGCCUCUACAUCACUUGAGAAGGAACCCAUUCGACAGUCCGGAUGAGGAGGAGGAAGAGGAGGGCGAGGAGGUGUGCAUCGACAUGGAGGACAUGGAUUUGGAGCAUGUUAGGAGAUUCUACCAAGGGGGCCCCGGCCUCGUUGCCCACCGACCGGGCACCGUCUACACGAUCCCUGAAGAUGAAUCUGAAGGCGAAUCCACCUCCGGGGACACCAAACUACACGCCCGAGAACGAGCCCGAAAACAGGCCGCACAAGUUACGGCUCACAUCCUCUCGAUGUACGAAGAGGAAGAGGCCGCGAAAAGGCGGAAGCGAGAGCGAGAGAAGCAGAGCGAGCUUGAGAAGAAACGGACGGCAGUGACACUGCCGACUUACAGUAGCUUGUACUCUGGUGGGACGACUCGACCAAUUGCCACGACGACUCAGACGAGUACAUACAGCUCGAGCUAUGUCCCGCCUUCGGCGCUGGUUAGUGAAGGCUACGUCGUCCCGACCUACUCCUUCGCUGAUGUUCCUCCGACUUCUACGGCCACCUCCAAGAUGCCCGCCACGACGUCGAUGACCACCUCGACCGCCACGUCAGCCUCGACGUCUUCUGUACGACCAUACGCCUGGCCGGCUCCGGAUGCGAAGGCGCCUGCUACGACACUACCGAAAGCAUCUGUUGCCCCGACGACUGCUACUCCAAGAGAGCAACUGGCCGUGACGACGACCGCGGCAAGUGCUAGGAGCAAGACACCGGAGCAAGAAUUGCUCGAGUCAGUGUAUGGCGGAACGUCAGAUCAUUACCGGAUGUCCAAGUUCCUGUACGACCCGUCGAUGUUUGAGACAAAUGGUGAAGCCCCCGGCUUGUCCCCAUCACCUCAACUCGUCGGCCAGUCAGCAGAUGCUCAUUCCCCAUCGUUCCUCGUCCAACCGAUGCGACCAUCGUCUGUUUUGGGCAGUGAACUCGAUCAGGCGACGACCAAUGAGGAUCCGGCAUCGAAGCUAAAACGCUCGCCCGGAAUGCUUCUACCAUCUGAAAACCCGGUGACUGCGGAAACUGGAACGAUGCCAGCAGCUUGGUUACCCUGGAAUCACACGCAUCAGCCUUCAACUUCAGCCCCGCCAACCGCUGAAGUCCCAAUCGGAGAUCAGAGCGCCAAGAUCGCGAAGCUGGAGCACCAAUUGAUCAACACCGUCCACCCGCAGAGCGCCCCGGCCAAUGUUGCAGCCAUCCCCACGGAAAAUCUACCAUUUGCCGUCGAAAAUACAAUGCAGCAACUCUCCGGGACGUACACCUGGAUCAGGGAGAUUGAGGAUGAUGCGUGCUCGAUCGGCUCGGGCAGCGAGAUGGGCCGUCGAAAGUUGCCGCCCGUACCACCAGCCAUCGGCGUCCCGUCGACCUCGGCGGCGGCGCAGCCGAUGUCCGGCUCGAUGUGGCCGCCCGGGUACGGUACUGCGUUCCCGGGAGCGUCGUGGACAUCUGGGGUCGGCACUUCGACUGCCGCAUCUAUGGGCCAAAACCAGCCCAGCUCAAUCCUGUCUCGACCACUUGGGCCGUACUCCACCAGUCUACUCAGCCAGACCCAGGCCCAGCAUCAUGUGUCGUUUGCGGAUCAGGAACUCCGAUCCGGUCGUACAACGCCACUGACGUCGUCUUCGAUCUACGGCCAAACUCAAACAUCGUAUCAACCACCGAGCGGUACUCAAUCUGGAACAACAUCACCCUUCGGAUUUUUCUCAAAACCACCACCGUCACAGCAGCUACAACCUGGCGUGAAACCCUCCGGCCCGGGCUCAGCCACUGGUUCCUUCCUCGGAAGCAGCGUCGUUUCUGGGCUUGGUGCGUCGACACUGCCCUCCCAGGGCUAUCAGCAGCCACCAACACCCGGCUUGGGCUCCCAACCCGGCUCUGCCAUGGGCUCGAUGAUGGAUUUGAGCCGGCCACAAUCUGCGGCUUCUGGAUUCUCAUCAUCGAGAACAUUCUACGACCCAGCCAUCAUGGCCGGGGCCCAUAUCCCGGCGCAGCAGCCCCAGAAGCACAGGACGCUGAGGCCGGUCUCCACCAUCUCGCAGCACAAACACCGCACCUCGCAACAGUCGAAAAUCCCGAAUACCUUGGCGAGAGUGCUGCUUAAAAAGGAGCUCAAGGAGGCGCUGACGCGUCGCAGAGACGCGCUGGAGGCGUGCGAGAUCGAGGCCAACCAGCGUCAGUACGUCGUCCACAAGAUGCUCGUCACCGGGCUUCUUCCUGACAAUAGGGAGGACGACGUCCCUCGCGUGAUCCCCUGCCUCCUCCCGAUCGAGCUGAUCAACGGAGCACGAGUUACGCCACGCCCCACAGCAACUGUCGGAACUCAGAAGGAUGACCAUCUGACGAAUAUUGGGGCAAGGGAACGUCAGAAUAUCGCUUAUGGAUACCAUCAACCCAUGACGGUCUCUUCCUCCACCUACACCGAGCCCCUUCCGGCGCAUAAGAGAAGCAUCGGGGUUCAGAGCUCGGGCGACGCUGCUGCUCAGCCCGUCAGGUACGAGUACAACCCACAACCGCAACACUCCCGUCUCUACGAGCGUACUAUGGAGGGCUUCGAUAGACUAUACGACCGCCGAGGAAUCGGAGCUACAGCUUCAUUAUCCCAUCAAUUAGACCGUGACCGGAUGGACGGGCAGAGGAUGCGGACGGAAGCUACGCAAACUGACGUCACCCCCACGCAGAACAUUAGCAUCGACCCGAGGAGAACGACGGACCGGAGAACAAGAUGGGAUAUGGAUCGAUUGGAGCGAGAACGAAUCGAUAGGGAGCGACUUCAAGACAUCAGACACCGAGAACUCAGAAGCGACGAUUUACUCGAGGCUACGAAGCGAUACUUUGACGAUUACGACCGGCAGUUGAGGCAGAUGACUGCGGAGCUCCAACUCCGUGACACUCUGGAGAGGGAGGAGAAGCAGAGGAGGCGGCAUUUCUCGGAUAGCCCAAGAGCUAGAGGGAGGACGACCGGGAGAUUCACAUUCACUGAUGAUGAUCCGACAUCCAGAGAAUACCGCAAAAUGGAGCUGAUGGAUGAAUUGUCGCGAAGAAGAGAAGAAAGGGACCUAACUACCCUUCAAGAUAAUCGAUAUUACUGCCAAUCCCUGCCCAGACCUCAUGGAUAUAGGACAGGAAGAGACUUAACGUUAAGACCGGAUGGGAUUACGUCGAAUGUGGCUUCUUACAAUUAUGGAAGUUUGCCCCGGAACUAUGAGCGCUGGAUGAUGGACCAUGAGGAUCCGAUUCAAACGACCGAGUAUGAGCAGCCGUUUGGAGGAAGAGCUCCGUUGAGUGCGAGAUCUGCCUACGACCGUGGGUACUCCCGUUCGAUGUACGAUCUCUCGAACGCCGACCCGCUUGCAGCCGGUUUUUCGACAGGGCGAAUACCGUACGCCCAGACAACCGCACGAUCAACCGGAUAUCUCGACUCGCUCGGGAUGGAAAGGGACGGUCUUCUUGCCAUGCAACCGCACUUGCGAGGGUCUUACGGACGCAUCUCCGACCCGAUGCGCGACCCGUACGCCCUGCCACCUCGUGCUCAAGAAGCUCCGUCUUUGGGCCAUGCCGGCACGAGCUCGAUGGCCGGGGAUCAAAUGCUGUCCCAAUACGCGAGCUACCUGCAGCGACAGUUCCACCACGGACAACUGGCCCCGUGUAACGAUCAAAUGUACGGAACACAACAACAACAGCAACAGCAGAUGCCGAUGGGAUACGGGCAGGAUCCGAGGCUCCAACAACACCACAUGGCCGCUCAGCUUCAGCCUUCUGUCCCGAUCGCCCAAAAUCGACCAUACGAACCGCCGGCCGUCACCGAUCCGUACGCACAGCAAUACCCUCAGUCGUACGCCACAAACCCGUACCCGGGUCUCGGCACGACCACCCUGGCGAAUGCUGGGACGAUUGGAGGACAGCUACCGUACCAACAGCAACAGACAGCGUAUGGUCAGCAACGCCCCCUCACUACCAACUACAACCAAAUGACGGCCGCCACAGCGUACGGACAACAACCACCACCCGCCCAGCAGCUGAACCAGGUAUACUCCCGUAACGAGACGAACUACGGCGCGCGGCCCCUGCAGACGAGCCUCGACUACGGUAAUGGACUAUCGACAACCACCGGAGCCGGACUCUCCCGCAACAUCUACGCACCCCAGCGCACAACUCAACACCAAUCGGUACCUCCGAAAGCGUGGCACUACGACGGCGACGCGCUGAGCAGGGUGUACGCGACGGCGGGAAGACGUACAGGCACGACGGCAUCGACUCGAGGAGGUGGUUACGGACCCCAAUAUGGGACACAUUUGGCUGUAGAAGGGUUACAAACCGGGCUGCAUAGCCCUAGCUUUCUGUUGCCGGAUGGGCGA